AUGGCGCUAUUUAUAGAGGAACGAAUUGAUAUUGUUCUUCAUGCUGGGGGACGAAGUCAUAGGGAAAUUGGACUUCAACCAUCGUCACCCAGGAAGCCUACCUAUCACAGUGCAGUAACAAAACUUAGCAAGAAAUUCCAGGAAACUGGAAGUGUUCAUGACAAAAGAAGAAGUGGACGCCCAAAGACCGCAACAGAUGAAGAAUCCUCCACCAAGAUAUUGGCUGCAUAUGCCAAAAGCCCAUAUAAAAGCUCUCGUCAGUUAUCAUACUAG